AUCAAAUUCCCUUGAUUUCCAACCACCAAUUACAGCCACAGAUCAAGGGCUAAUCCAACGGUUCAGAGUAAAUUACUAGAACCUUCGUAAUCCACGUCCUUACCUGUUACGGAGUACCUCCUUUAUAACUCCUUCCUCUCCAUUUCUCAACCAGAAUUAUUUUUAACUGAACUUGUGCUCACCACACUCAUCUUCCGCUUUUUAGGGUUUUUCAUCAUUUGAUUCUUCAUCAGACUUUAAGCCAUGGGAAAGAGCUACCCAACUGUCAGUGAGAACUACCAGAAAUCUAUUGAAAAGGCCAGGAGAAAGCUCAGGGGUUUGAUCGCAGAGAAGCAAUGUGCUCCUCUUAUGCUUCGUCUUGCAUGGCACUCUGCUGGUACCUUUGAUUGUACUUCAAAAACUGGAGGUCCCUUUGGUACAAUGAAGCACCAGGCAGAGCUGGCUCAUGGGGCUAACAAUGGGCUUGUUAUUGCUGUUAGGCUGUUGGAACCCAUCAAGGAACAAUUCCCCGAAAUUACUUAUGCUGACUUUUACCAGCUGGCUGGAGUUGUGGCCGUUGAAGUUACUGGAGGACCUGAAGUUCCCUUCCACCCAGGCAGAGAGGACAAGCCAGAGCCACCCCAGGAAGGACGUCUCCCUGAUGCCACCAAGGGUUGUGACCAUUUGAGAGAUGUCUUCAUCAAGCAAAUGGGUCUUACUGACCAGGACAUCGUUGCUCUAUCUGGAGGCCACACCUUGGGGAGAUGCCACAAGGACCGCUCUGGUUUUGAAGGUGCUUGGACUACCAACCCUUUGGUCUUCGACAACACCUACUUCAAGGAGCUCCUGAGUGGUGAGAAGGAAGGUCUCUUGCAGCUGCCAUCUGACAAGGCUCUUCUCUCUGACCCUGUCUUCCGCCCACUGGUUGAGAAAUAUGCAGCUGAUGAAGAUGCAUUCUUUGCCGACUAUGCUGAGGCGCACUUGAAACUUUCUGAACUCGGAUUUGCUGAUGCUUAAGCAGUUGGAGAAAGACUGAUAGAAGGGUUGAAGAGAAUAGCACCAGUGCAUCUUUUGUAUUUCUUGCAUUUACAUGGGGUUCGUUUAGUAACAUUGCGCUUAGGUUGCUUUAGGGGAAGCUUGGUCAUUUUAGUACCAGGGCAUCUAAUCGUCUCGUUUGCUGAGUUUGAUGGAUUGUGGAAAUGCAUACUAGGAUUUCUUUUUUGUGGAUUGGUCAUGAUAUUGAUCAUGUUGCUUGCUUUGGUAAUAAAAGAUGUUGACAAUUGUGUUA